UACUGCUCAUAUGAAAUUCCUGAGUGUCCUGUAAUUGUGUUUGUCAACUCGAAAAGUGGAGGUCAACUUGGUGGGAGUAUUCUUGAAACGUAUCGGUCACUUCUAAAAAAUUAUCAGGUAGUUGAUCUGUUGGAACAAGCUCCUGAUGAGUUUCUAAGUAAUCUCUAUCUUAAUUUGGAAAACCUAAAGCAGAAGGAAGAUGAUUUGGCUAUUAAGAUCCAGGAGAAACUCAGACUAGUUGUUGCUGGUGGUGAUGGUACCGCAGGAUGGCUUCUUGGAGUUGUUUGCGAUUUGAAAUUGUCGCAUCCUCCUCCUAUUGCUACUAUGCCCCUUGGAACAGGAAACAACCUCCCCUUUGCAUUUGGUUGGGGAAAGAAAAACCCAGGAACAGACCAACAAUCUGUAAAGUCAUUCUUGUAUCCAGUCAUGCAGGCAAAAGAAAUGAAAAUCGACAACUGGCAUAUCCUCAUGAGGAUGAAGAUCCCAACUGAAGGAAACUGUGAUCCAAUUGCACCUCUUGAGUUGCCACAUUCACUGCAUGCAUUUCAUCGUGUUUCCUCAAAAAAUUCUUCCAACUUGGAGGGCCACCUUACAUUUCGUGGUGGAUUUUGGAAUUACUUCAGCAUGGGAAUGGAUGCCCAAGUAUCAUAUGCUUUCCAUUCUGAGAGGAAGUUGAAUCCUGAAAAGUUUAAAAACCAAUUAGUCAAUCAGAGUGCGUAUGCUAAACUUGGGUGUACACAAGGCUGGUUUUUUGCUUCCCUGUUCCAUCCUGCUGAUAAGAAUAUUGCACAGCUGGCAAAGGUACAAAUUAUGAAGAAACACGGUGAUCAAUGGGAAGAACUCCAUAUUCCUCCUAGUAUCAGGUCAAUUAUAUGCCUUAACUUGCCAAGUUUCUCUGGUGGACUAAAUCCUUGGGGCAAACCAAACAAGAACCGAUCACGAGAUAGAGGUUUUACUCAUCCGUAUGUUGAUGAUGGCCUUAUUGAAGUUGUUGGCUUUAGAGAUGCUUUGCAAGGGCUUGUUCUUCUAGCUCCAAAUGGCCAUGGGACUCGUCUUGCACAGGCAAGACGAAUCCGUUUUGAAUUUCACAAAGGUGCUGCUGACCAUACCUAUAUGAGGAUCGAUGGUGAACCUUGGAAACAGCCUCUACCGGUUGAUGAUAAUGCUGUUGUGGUGGAGAUCUCUCAUCAUGGCCAGGUGAACAUGGUUGCCACCCAUGAUUGCCGUGCAAAAAGUAUACAUGAUCCCUCUUCGGUGCAUUAUAGUGGGACUGAGGAAGACGAUAAUGAAGAUGAUUCACCAGCCUCUGAAGGUGAAGAGUGGAGCAAAUUUGGUGCUGCAAGCACUUUCAAGAUCCCAGAUGAAGUUGACAUAUCACAGUUGAGUUAGGCCGCCAUACUGAGUGACUGAGUGAGUAUCUUCAGGUCUUUGUGUGCAAGCUCUCGACAGAAUUAUGUUUUCAGUAAUAUGUAUUUUCCUUUCAAAUUUCAUCAUUAUAUACUUAG